AAUUAUUUUUAUAAUAAAAUGGGAAAGUGUUGUGCCGUUGAUGGUUGUCUUAGUGGCCGAAAGGCAAGUGAGCAUUUAGGAAAAGUGGCUUUAUUCAAAGCACCAAAAGAUGUUGAAAUGCUCAGCAAAUGGAGCACUGCUCUUGGCAAAGAAUUAAAAAAUACCAAUUUUAUUUGCGAAUUACAUUUUAAUCCAAACGAUGUUAUUAAAAGUAAUCAAGAGGUUCUAAAAGAUGGGAGUAUAUAUUUUUAUGAAUACGAAAAAGUUCAUUUGAAGAAGAAUGCUGUACCAAAAUCCAAUGUGACUACCAAUGAAAAUAAUCACAGCUUAUUAUCAGAUGAUGUUCGUUCAAAUACCUCUGGUAUAAUUAACGAUGAUGUAAUUGUCGACUGUAGUCUAAAUUCUAUUGAGUCUACUGAGUCAAUAAUCGUAAAUGAAAUUAUAAACGAAAUAAUUGAGCCUGACAAUAAAAAUUCUACAAACACAAAUUUUGCUAUUGGUACAAAUAUUUUGAUUAAUAGUGAUAAUUUGGUGAUCAUAAAUGAGCCCGAAAAGUUUUCGUUUCAUUCCAUAGAAAAAAUUUUAGAAAUUAAGCCACUACGUAAAAAUUGGAGUUGGACUGUGAUUAAAGAUUCGUAUAUUUCAUUAUCAUAUAUAAAUUUAAAAUUGGAAUUAGUUUGUCACGUAAAAAUUCAUAAAGAUCUAAAAGUUACGAUCGUGAAUGCCAAAACGAAUAUCCUUAUUGAUAUGGAUGUAAAUAUUUCGUCAAUUGAUUGUGUUUGGCAGUUAUUAAGCUCUUUAGAAAACACCUUUUUCUGUAGUGGAACUGGAUACGAUGACAAAAAAUGUUCAGUCACUUGUACAGGUAUAUUAUUGCCGGAGGAAAGAUAUAAAAGAAAAGUUGUGGAAUACAGAUGCAUUACUUGUCGAAAAUUGAGACGUUUGAUCCAAAAACGUAAGACGGAAACAACAAAUAAUGAAGCUCGAUGGAUGAGUUUUAAGCAUCGCUAUAUUUUACAACGCAGAAAGCUUAAUCGAGUUGUUCACACGAAUAAAAAUUUAAAGCAACAAUUAUUAGAUUUAAAAAAUCAAUGCGCUGAAAUAAAAGAGGAAGUUUUGUCUGAAAAAAUUGCUGAUUUACCUGCUUUACAGCAAGAAACUGUUAAAAAUUGUUUAUUGGCUGCAAAAGCUAAGAGUGCUAAACAACGCCGGUAUUCCGUUGAGUGGGUGUAUGAAUGCCUGUUAAUGAGCAUUAAAAGUAGUGCUCUGUAUGAACACAUUAGAAAAAAAAAUAUCCUCCCUUUACCAUGUAAGGAUACUUUGAUGAGAUAUAUACAAAAACUCGAUAGCGCUUUUGGGUUUCCCAAGGCGAUUUUUGACACACUGAAACUGAAAGGUUCACGUAUGGAAGUCUAUCAAAAAAGGGGUAUAUUGUCAGUCGACGAGAUAGCACUUAGCGAAGGCAUUGCAUUAAAUCGUAAAACAUUACAACUGGAAGGCUUUGUAGACUUUGGGGAAUACACGCCUGACCACUUGAGACACACUAGAGCUGACCAUGCGUUGGUUUUUAUGUUUCAACCCUUUCAGGGCAAGUGGGUGCAAGUUGUUGGCCAAUUUUUAAGUAAAGAUUCAGUGACUAGUGAAAUUCUUCAGAAACUACUUUUGGAAUGUACAAUUCUGCUUGAGAAAGCUGGUUUUUAUGUGGACGGAAUUGUAUCAGAUGCAGCACAAUGGAAUCGCGGUGUAUGGAAAUUGCUCGGCAUACAAGAUGGUAACUAUAGUUGUGAGCACCCAUAUAAUUUUUCAAGACGUCUAUGGUUUUUUUCGGAUUUCCCUCAUUUAUUGAAAAAUUUUAGAAAUAAAAUUAUGGAGCAGUCUGCCUUCUGGACUCCGGAUGGAAUUGUUAAAAAAAAACAUUGGAAUGCUCUGUUACAAUAUGAAAAUUAUUUAAAAGCUAAUUUAAAAAUGGCUUAUAAAUUGACUCCUCACCAUCUUAAACCCGAAGGCUACCAAAAGAUGAACGUUCCGUUAGCUGUAGAGCUAUUCUCUGAGUCUAUCUCAAACGCAAUGAAGUUAUUGAAAGAUGAACCUGAUUGUAUUGAAUUACAUGACUGUGAUAGUACCAUAAUUUUCAUUGAGAGAGUGAAUAAAUUAAUUAAAGCUAUGUUGUCUAGAACUCCGGUUGAUGCUUUAAGACCUGCUGAUGAUAAUGUUUCGAAAAAAGCUAUCAUUGAGUUUGAUACUUUUAUAAGAAAUUGGGAGACUACAGCUAAAGAAAAAAUAGAACAACUUAAGCAAAGGAAAAAAAAUGGUGACUCAGUCGAUCUGGAGAAAAUGAAAGGCUUUUAUUUAUCAAUUACAGCUAGUACCCUGACUGGACUAAAAAUUUCUUUGGGGUCUACCUUGGAAUUGAUAGAUUUUUUACAUUCCAAGUGCAAUUAUGAUUAUCUGAUGACGUCGAGAUUAACACAAGACAUGCUCGAAAAAUUUUUUGGGAUCGCUAGAAGUGCGUGUGGGUCCAAUGAUCAUCCUGACCCUAUUUUGUUCUCACAAGUAUUCCGGUUGCUCUGCUCUUAUUCAUUGGCAACACCUCCAAAAGGGUCUAAUGUGACUGCAGGAGAAUUAUUAGGUUCAUUAAUGCACACUAGAGAAUCGUUUGAAGCAAGUAAUGUUAACAAAGAAAACUGGAGUAAAAAAAUUGAUGCUAUCAUUGAAAAUGCAUCUGGAAAUCCCAGUAGUGCAGAAGCAAAUACCGACGAUGAUCGUACAGGUUCUAAUAAUGCAAGUGACAAUAAUAAUAACAAUAAUGAUGAUGAUAAUAAUGAUGUUGACGGCGAUAAAAAUAAAGUUAUUAAUAAUGAUAACGACUAUGAUAAUUAUGAUAACACUAAAAGAGAUCAUGAGGGUGAUGAUAAUAACAAUGAAGUGCCUUUGAACUCGGUGGACUCAAGAUAUGAACACGAUUACGAUAUUGCUCAAACUAGCAACUAUGUGAUUUCAUAUAUUGCGGGGUAUGUAGCCCGUAAAAUAGGUCGGUUUUCCAAAUGCUUUGACUGCACAGAGUCUAUGCAGUCAAGAGUAGUGACGGCUCGUGAUAAAUUUAUAGAACUUAUGGAUAAAGGUGCAUUGAUUUAUCCUAGUGAAAAAUUAUUUAAUUUAAUUAAAAGCUUAUAUUUUGAAAAAAUAAAAAAAACAACUUUUUUUCACUUUUUUUGCAAUUUCUCGAAAUCUACCGGUCCGAAUUGGUUCCAACUCAUAGAAAAUCUAAGUUUGGCGAAGCCCUUUCGAAUGUCACCAACUGCGAUCAAAUCGGACACACACACAUACAUACAAACGUACGGACAUCAUCGUAAAAAUAGUCAAGAAAGCUUCUUAGGGCUUCAAAACGUCGAGAUCUGUUGA